AUGGAUGAUUUGAGCGGUCUAGACUGGUCUGCGACUCCGAACACAACUACAAACAGAGCACCGCAGGGCACAGGGAAUUAUUACCCAGCAUUAAAGCCCACGCCCCCUCCUCAACUGUCAGGUCGAAGCACGCCAAUAUCUGCGCAAGGCUCUGGCGCUCCGAAGCCCUCUCCGUUUGCGCCGCCCAAAUCGUCAACACCAGACAGCUUCUCGAAUCUGGUAUCUUUUGGAUCCUCGAAACCCAACACUCUUACACUACAAGAACAACAGGCAAAGCUGCAGGCAGAGAAGAGGAAACAAGAAGAGCUGAGGAGAAAGCAAUAUGAAUCACAGUUUGGCGGCUCUCAGGCUUGGGAAGGGCUGGGGAAUAGAGGACAAUUUGCUGUAACCUCACGAAGUACCACUCCUGCGACUCGACCUUUACCUCCGAACUUCGCCCGUGCUUCGUCCCCAGCUAUAAAUGGCAACUCGACACCUGCGAACGAUGACGACGACGAUCUGUUUGCAGCAUUCAAUGCGGAUACCAAGGUUGAUAAUGCAAGCUACUACCCUCCUCCUUCCGUGCCUAGCAAUGGCAGAAAUACACCAAGAUUUGGCACAAGCAAGCCUCCAGAUUUGACUAAGCCGCAAGCUUGGGAACAAUCUGGAUCAUUGGGGGCAGAUCUGGGAGAUGAUGAUGACCCUUUUGGACUUGGGCAAAUGAAGCAAGGCAGCUCUGUGCCUGCCCCCAUACCAAGUAUUAAUGACGACGACGACGACUUUUUGGGAGACUUAGGGAAGCCGGUGGAGGAGGUCAGGAGGCCAAGUACAGCUAUCCAACGAGAGGUUAUGCCGGAGCCAACCUCCGAUCAGGAAUCGGAUGAUCUUUGGGAUAAAGCGGUGGCAGAGCUUGUAGAUAUGGGCUUCUCGGCGGAGCAGUCGCGGCGAGCUUUGACGGAAAGUGGUUCGGGUCUUGAUAUUCAAGCUGCCGUGGGAUGGAUCUUGAAUGAUGCACACAGGCAGGCGAAGCAAAAACAACAAGGCAAAGAUUCAAGCCGAAAUGGCUCAGCUUCAAAUGGGGAACGGAGGGAUAUGUCUAGAGAUGGACCAAGGCGAGAGAAUACUCGCGCUUGGAUGAGAGAGGAAGAUCGAGAUCGGUUACAGCCUCGACGGGAAGAGAAUAAUUCACCAAGCGGGGAUGGAGAUAUUCCGAAAACUGCAGCGGCUGUAGGAAGUAAUUUUCUUAAGACUGCAAACUCGUUAUGGAAGACAUCACAGAAGAAGGUUCAAAAGGCAGUUGCUGAAUUCCAGCAAGAGGGGGAAGAUUCCAGCCAGCCGAAAUGGAUGCGAGAGGCAGCUGAAAGAGAACAAGCGGAGAGAAGAGCAGCUGCGGAAGGACGUGGUCGACGUCCGCAAGAAAAGGUUCCCGAGGUCACCGAUGAAGCUCUUAUGCUUGAGGGUGGCGGUCGACCUCCACCAAGGAAAGCAAGAGCCCCUGAACCACGAUUUACACCGUCAAGCUCGGACUCUUCACGUGAUCAGUCACCAGCUAUGCCAAGACCACCGCCAGAACGAGCAGCUGCUCCUCGAUGGCAACAGACAGCCCCCGAUCCACGUUCCAGGGUAAGUAAACAGAUUAUUGAAGAACAAUCUGCGCAGGCAUACGUCAGUCCAGCCCGCCGAAAGAAAGCAACACCGCAACCCGCCCCUCCACAGCCCGGGCCGGAUCUUCUCUUUUCCUCAGCCCCAUCAAGACCCGCUCAACCUGCUCGAAUGUCUCCAAAUCCGUCACCAGGCCCUUCUAAACCGUCAACUCCAAUCCCGACCCGACCUAAAGCACCACCCCGGAAAAUCCCACAUCUCUCCACAUCUGCAAGGGAUCAAUCAACCAAACAUCGCUUGGCGGGCACGGAACACUUCAAACGCGGGGACUACGCGGCCGCACACCAGUCUUACUCGUCAUCGCUCUCUUCCCUCCCUGAUCGUCACCCAAUAACUAUAAUCCUCCUCUGCAACCGGGCCCUCACUGGUCUCAAAACUGGCGUCCCUAAAUCCGCUGUCACGGACGCGGAUACAGCCCUCGAACUCAUCGGACUCUCGCGAGGCGAUGGCGAGACCAUCGAUCUUGGCCCGGGCGAAGGCAGUGGUAAUAAAGAGAUGAAGGAAUUCUACGGCAAAGCACUGAUGCGGAAAGCUGAAGCUUUGGAGCAGAUGGAGCGAUGGAAGGAUGCUGGUGAUGUAUGGAAGCUGUGUGUGGAGCAUGGAGUUGGAGCUUCAAAUGCCAUACAAGGGAGGCAGAGAUGCGAGAAAGCUCUUGCUCUGAAACUACCUGCUUCACGAACUGUUACACCCCGUCCAGCCCCUAAGCCCAAACCCAAAUCAGCGCUUGCAGAUCUCAGCGGUGCCGGUGCAGGAGAAGACUCCGAGGCUGUGAAAAGGUUAAGGGCGCAGCAUAAAGAGGCGGAGAGAGCGGACGACGAGAAAUUCGCUCUUAGUGAUAAAGUCGAGGGAAGAAUUAGUCAGUGGAGAGAUGGCAAGAGGGAUAAUUUGCGCGCGUUGAUUGGCAGUUUGGAUAGUGUUAUGUGGGAGGGAGCCGGGUGGAAGAGGGUCGGGAUGCAUGAGCUGGUGCAGAAUAACAAGGUGAAGAUUAAUUAUAUGAAGGCUAUUGGGAAGACGCAUCCAGAUAAGUUGCCGCAAGAUGCGAGUACAGAGGUGCGCAUGAUUGCCGCGCUGGUGUUCGCGACGCUGAACGAGAGUUGGGAUAAGUUUAAGCAGCAGAAUGGGAUGUAG